AUGCUGAGUUUCGUUCAAAAGCAUUUACAAAGUUUACUGAAAGUUUACAAUAAAAACGCUGUGCACGAUACAUUCAGGCAGUUCACUCAAGCGUUCAUCAAAUUGUAUAAAAGGCUCGUGAGUACACAAGAAGCAGAAAAACCGAUGCGCCUCUACAUUUUCUUAUUCCUUGUUCAGACAGAGACGGUGCUCUCGAAACAAAAGAUCGAACAAUGCGUAAAUCUGGAUUACACGUACUACCUUCAUCGUUAUAGAUGCCCUCACUUCGGCGAGAGAGAUGGAGAUGGCGCAUUUGCAUCAUCAGGAUCAUACGCGACACUUGUCAACGAUUAUCUCCACGGAAGCCUAAACAUGACUCCUUCAUAUCCGUUAAAACAUGUCGCCUGCGCUUUGAACAAUCAAGUGAAAAUUCCGAAAGGUUGUGGUUUCACAUAUUUCACAGUGACUUACAAAUCUCGACAAGACUUACAAAGGUUUGCCGACGCCAUCAAAAACGAAAUGGAGGAGGCGACGAAAGCGCACAGAAAACGAGGAGAGACCAUAUACUUUUUUCUUGGUUGCGCCAAUGCGGGAAAUAGCAAAGUCACGUGUGCUGCUUAUUAUGUGAACGCCAAGAAGAGAAACAAGGAAAAGUGUAGUACACAGAAAACCGGCCGAAAGGCCCCCGAGCAGGAAGAAAGCCGCGUUCCUCCGCCUACCGCUGGAGCAGAGUCAGUUGCACUUGCCCCUCCCUCUGCGGAGAGAGAACCUCCCAAGCACAGCCUACCUAUCAAUUCGCCCGGAGAUAGAGAAAGCGUACGGACCCCACCUAAGGAGGAAGAAUCACUCGAAAAGGGACCAUCUGGCGGUAUUACCGAGGAGAAUGGACAACUCGGACUGAGGUCACCUACCGGCCCUGAGGAGAGUGGACCACUUAACCAGAGCUUACCUGCCAGACCCCCCGAGGAAGGAGAACUAGACCAACAGAGUCCACUUACCGGUUCCCUCGGAAUAGAAACAGGUAGCCAUUACUCCUCGCCUACCGAAAAAGGUGAACCAGGCGAACCGGAUUCUGAAAUGCAUAAGGCAGGCGGACCGACUCCAGUUAUCAAGGACAAAGGAGAAAACCAUCAGGGCUUGAACGGCGGUAUUUCAACAGAAGCCUUGUAA